AUGAGCAACGGCAGCUCAAGUCCGUCGUCUGAGCCUCGUCCUGCAGGUAUCAUGACCUCCAACGAGACCGGCAUAAAUUCCACCACAACGAAAACCAGUUCUGGCGCCAAGACGCCGCGCAAAGUCCAGUGGCUCGACACUCGCGGAGCCCCAGAGGAAGACGAGUCUCAAUCAAUGCACGCACUAGACGAGCAUGCUAACGAUCCAGACGCCUUCCGCAACCUCAAAACUGCGCUGGAGCGACAUUCUUCCAAACCUAAACCACCCCGAAUCCACUAUUUCCCGCCGCGACCUGCGGGCCUGAGUCGCAUCGACACCAACCAGCCGAUUGUGCUUGACGCUCCUUCCUAUUCUGCUCCGACGACUGGUACGACUUCCCCGUCUGACGAAGGCCCUUCUGUACCACCUUCGCCCAACCAUACGGUCCCUGGCACGUAUAUCGGCCCCCACGAGAAUGCUGGGUUACCAGGAACGGUUGAUUCGGAGUAUCAUGCUCAGAGAGCGGCAACCAAAGUCGUUAGAGCCCACACGCGCAAAGGGUUCUUUGACCGCUUUGGUGUGGGGCGGAGGAAACGGAAACAGAAGGCCAAGGAGGAGCAGACGGUGGAGCGAGGGCACACUCGUAAUGGAAGUAUCAGCGAUGCCGAGCAAAGCUUCGAGACUAUUGAAGCAGCGAACCCGUCGCUUGGUGGUGGAGUUCUUUCGGCUCUGCUCACGCUAUAUAACGACCAGCCGCGAGCCAACUCUUCUGCAUCCUCCACCUCAGGCAUUGAGCUGUCUCACGAUCUUCCUUGGAUGAGCAUGGAAACUCGUCCCAACACCAAGAAAAACACCAUAGGAGAAAACUCUCCGCUGAUCCAGCCGUCGUCUUCGCGGCAGACAACAACGACAGACUCGUCCGCGGAUCCCCUUGGCAGAUCGCACACGCGAGCUGGGUCAACGUCCUCCCUGGCGGCGUUGAAAAACAUCCUCCCCAUUUCGCAGAAACGGAACAGCGCUCACGCGUUUGGCGCGCUCAUUGCAAGCACCGGAAACAUUGCUGGUGUUGCUGCCCCAGUCUCUACCCAGCUCGCCCCGAAUAUCAAGCGACCGGGGUAUCACCUUUCGCGAUACUCGCUUGAGGAAGACCUCCCCGGACCUGUUGCACGCCCCAGGCCAAAUGCUGCAGAGAAAAUUUCGCGCGAAAGACCGCUGAGCCUGCCGCCUGUUGCAGCUACCGAUUUUGCCCUUCCCCCUCCUGUGCUCCGGGGCUCGGCUAGCGUGUCGUCAUUUGGUGGCGAAAGCAGCCUAGCUAGCAAGCGUGGCUGGACAGAAAAGCUUCGCGAUAUGGAAGCUUUUGCGUUUGGCGGACGUAGCGGGAGAACGACCCCGGUUCAGACCCCCUCUACGGCAACGGACGAGAACCCGGAAUGGUUAGACGAGAAGUGGACAAAGGAGCAAGAUAAGAAGAAGCGCGAGCGGAAGAAACGCAAGAAGGCGGAAGUUUACAUUACUCGACAUGUCGCACAGAUUAUCCAGAGACAGGAGUUCAUACUCAAACUGACGCGCGCGCUAAUGAUGUUUGGCGCCCCUUCCCAUCGGCUGCAGACACAGAUCCAGCAGACUGGACGGGUGUUGGACAUCCAGGUCAACUGCAUGUACCUCCCCGACGUCGUCCUGAUUAGCUUUGACGACUCGUCAACGGGGACGAGCAAUCUCAAGUUCAUUAGGCAAGGCAGCUCGCUGAAUCUGGCUAAGCUGAUCGAGGUUUACGAGCUUUAUUGGAGUGUUAUCCACGACGAGCUCUCCGUUUCCGAAGCAUCUGCAUCCUUGGACACGCUUAUGCGCAGGAAGCAAGAGUACUCGUGGUGGCAGCUCGUCCUCACCGGCGGGAUGUGCUCGGCCAUGAUCUGCUCCGUUGGCUUCAACGGCAGCUUCCUCGACUCGCUCAUCGUUUUCCCGAUGGGUGCGUUUCUUGUGGCGAUCCAGCUGUUGAGUGUCCGCAACGAGCUUUAUUCCAACGUUUUUGAAAUCACAAUCGCGACGCUGUUCAGCUUCAUCGCCGCGGCACUGGCACAAAGCGGCAAAUUCUGCUAUUCCGCCGUCGCCUCAAGUGCCGUUGUUCUCAUCCUACCCGGCUUCAUCGUGCUGUGCGGCUCGCUCGAGAUUCUCUCACGCAAUAUCAUCUCUGGAAGCGUGAGGCUCUGCUAUGCGGUUGUGUACUCGCUGUUCCUUGGGUUUGGGCUGGCGAUUGGCGCGGAGGCGUACCACAAAAUCACGGGACAUGAGAUUGUGGGCAGCACGGACUAUGCCUGCCGGAUUAACCAUCGCGCGGAUGGGCCGUGGUGGCAGCGGACGCCGAGUUUGCAUUGGGCAUUCCUCACUGUGCCAAUGUACUCGCUUUUCCUAAGCCUGCGGAACCACGCGCCGUGGCGGAGACGGGAAAUGGCGCUGCUGGUAGGGAUUGCGUGUAUUGGAUGGGUGACGAACCACUUUUCGGGCCUCAAGUUUCGUAACCAGAACGACAUUACGGCUGCUGUCGGGGCUUUCACGGUCGGUGUCAUCGCAAACGUAUGGGCGCGCUUCUUCUCGGGCAAUGCCUUCGUUAUUAUGAUAACGGGCAUCCUGUUCCAGCUCCCGUCUGGGCUGGGCAAUGGCGGGCUGCUGAACUUUGUCUCGGAGACGACCGCGGGCUCGUCGUCGUCGUACCUGUCGGGGUUCAAGACGGGGCUGCAGCUCAUCUCGGUGGCGAUCGGGCUGACCGUGGGGCUCGGCCUGAGCCUAGUGCUGGUGCACCCGAUUCAGUCGCGCAGGCGGGGCGGCGCGGUGUUUAGUCUUUAG